CGAGCACCACCAUCACCACCACCACCCUGUAAAUAUCUCUUGCUUAUAUAAUCACGCUGCUGCCGCUGUAUAAAAAGUUGUGUUCGAACGCCACAGUUUGUUUCCGUAGUUAUGGGAAUGCGCCCCGCACCGAAAUCGCCCAGCUCCCCGUUUAGGGUUUGGCCGUUGUAUGCAUGCUGAGUAUAAAAUUUGAAUUAUUCCCACGUUGAUGUCUCUGACUUUGGCUGGAAUCACCACCAUUCAGCGUGGGAAAGAUUGAUUGGCUGGUCAGAGUGUCCGUUAAGAAGCAGUUCAAACACCUCGUCAGCAUGUCCGUUCACCGUGAAGCAGUCGAGACGGCUAAGCUGGCCACUACGUUCAGCGAGCCGGUCCAUUUGGGCAUCAUUGGAGGCACCGGGCUCUACCACCUGGCAUCGCUGACUCCGGUCGCUAGGCUCACGAUCUCGACGCCAUGGGGAGCUCCCUCGUCGUCAAUCACCAUCUCCAAGACCUCUACGGGGUUCAACGUUGCGUUUUUGGCACGCCACGGCAUCCACCACGACUUGCUCCCUACAAACGUGCCCUCCACGGCCAACAUUGCUGCGUUGAAGUCCAUUGGUGUGAAGGUGAUCAUUGCGUUCAGUGCCGUGGGCUCAUUGCAACAGGACAUUCCUCCGCGUGACUUUGUCGUGCCAAACCAGAUCAUCGACAGAACCAAGGGUAUUAGAAACUCGACUUUCUUUGAGAGAGGUUUUGUUGCACAUGCUGGUUUCGGCGAGCCCUUUGACCCGAAGUUGAGCGCAUUGAUCUCUGAGUUUGGCCAUGUGUUGGAGGGUGAUGAUGUCAAGCUACACUCCAAGCAGCUGGACGGCAAGGACCUUACUGUUGUGUGUAUGGAAGGCCCAGUGUUCUCCACCAGGGCAGAAUCAAGAUUGUACCAAUCUUGGGGAGGUUCAAUCAUCAACAUGUCGGUCAUUCCAGAGGCCAAACUGGCUCGUGAAGCUGAAAUCUCCUACCAGAUGAUUUGUAUGUCUACUGACUACGAUGCCUGGAGAGAGGAGGCCGAGCCGGUGACCGUUGAAACCGUUGUCGGCAACCUGAAGGCCAACUCUGCAAAUGCAAACAAGCUGGCCAUUGAGGUGAUCAACAAGUUGGAGCAUGAGAUUGUUAAUGGAAACAUUGGUAACGAUUUGGCCGGAAGCAUGAAGAUGGCUGUGAGUACAAGUCCACACGGUGUGAAGAGGGAGUUGCUGGAGAAGAUGCACUUCCUUUUCCCUGGCUACUGGGAAGUCGAAUAGAUCUAUACACUACGUAGCUGAUUGAAAUGCUAAAUUAGUUUCUUUUGUCUUGUUUUCAGAUGUAAGAAGGUGAAGACCAGGGGGGUGUUCUCAUAGAUCAAACCCUUCUUCUUGACUUGGUUGGG